UGCAAGGCGGGAGGGGAGCGCCCUGCCGGACAAUUGGGCCUAGUCGCGCGGCGGCGGUGCGAGCCGGUGGAUCUGCCAGGCGCCUCUCCUGCCAAGAUGGCGGCCUCCGCGUCCUUGCUGGCGGGGGCGGUAGCGGUGCUGCUGGUGGCGCGCUCUGGCUCCGCGCUCAAGUGCUACUCGUGCUACAAGGCGGGCAGCGUGUCGCCCAGAUGCGGCGACCCCUUCAGCCUCCGAGGACCGGAGCACCUGGACGACUGCGACAGCGCCAAGGUGCGGCCCCCCGGAGCCACGGGCCGCUCCUUCUGCAAGAAGGUCAAGCAGAUCAAGGACGGGGUCGUGCGGGUGACGCGGCUGUGCGACUGGGCCGCCAACGAGACUGCGGCCUGCGACGGCCCGCCCUCAGACCACGAGGACCUGAGACUCGUCCACUGCUCCGCCUGCGACACGGACGGCUGCAACUGCUGCGCGGCUGUGCUGCCGACACUCUUCCUGCUGCUGCAGCUGCAGCUGCUGCUGCCCCUGCUGGCGGCCGCGUGACGUCGCACUCUCCGUCAACCACGGUCGAUCCCUCCGACCUCACGUCUAGAGACCGGGAAAAUUCUCGGGUUCAACGACCUCCAGGAUAGACCCCAAUUACCUCUACACACUCUGGCAAGUGCCAACUGUUCAUUGGCUGCUGACUUGUGAGUCGUCUCGACUGGGUGGCUGUGAUUCGACACUUCUAUGAGUGAGGGUCUCUAAUUGGCCCUCAGUCCUCCAGAUUAACAGUGAACCAAUGGCAGAAGCAGCGCUAAGGUGUAGUUAUUUGAAUUUUUAGCAUAACACGAAAUGCAACCCGCGAUUUUUUCAGGUCUCUACUCAUGUCUGCACAGAGAAAAAGGUUUGUUUGAAUCAAACAAAAUGUAUUCGUUUACACAUGGCGAAACAAACAUUUACUUGCCGUAACAAAAUAUUUUGUUAGCCUAACCAAACUUGGAAAGUAACAAAAAAUGAUUUGUUUACACCUAACCAAAUAUACAGUUGAGUUAAAAAAAAAAUUGUCGGGUCAAACAGAAUAUUUCCUACUACAAAACAUUCGUUUGAAUUAACAAAUUAAUAUUUAUUUCGCCAUAUACCAACAUAUUUUGUUGAGGCAAACAAUCAUUUCUCUCAGUGAUGGUCACGUUACCGAAACACGAAGCAACUGGAGGGUAGUAGUGUCCUAAGUUAUUUCACUCGCGUGUUCGCAUUUACAAUAAGUAUAACCGCAUUCAAUCGUUUUCGCGAAACUGAAGCCAAAUAUUUUUUUUUACCUCAGUCCUGGCGUGCACCGAAAAGCAUUAAAUCACGUGGCAAGCAGUUUUUGGAUUAAACCGUUCCGUUUUAAAACUCAUUUAUUGCAAGCUUUCAUUUUAACUCCACAUGUUUGUCUGUCUGUUUAAUUCAAACUACUUUCGAUUGAACUAGAGCGUUGAAAUUUUACAUACUUGUUCAGUUCUGAUGACAAUAAAGUUUUUUUUAAAACACAGUUUCCGCCAUUUUGUUUUUUGCAGCCAUCUUGAAAAUCCGUUAUUAUUAUCCCAAAAAAAUCGGUAAAAGUUUUAAAAUUUAUAAAAAAAAUUACUUGAUAGAAUUUUUUUUCAGUAUAUCAUUAAUUAAAUCAUUAACACUUAGGUUUUCCCAAAACCAUAUAAACGUUUAGUGGUUUGGGAAAACAGAAUUGUUAUUUAUUUAGCAUCAAAUGAAUCCGCGAAAUUUCGGGUUUCUAUUAAUGGUGCUGCCAAUCAACGCUUCUCUUUCAGACAGCUGUCAAUUGCAAGAGGAAAAGAAACUCUCGAUGCCAUAUUGCGUUCACAUUGUUUCAUGGGAAAAAAAUAAAACUAUGUACCUACAGCAUAGUUGGGUUCGUCUGUGCGUGUAAGUGUUGUCCAAGGUAAUGCUAACAAAAACUACGUUGCCUCGCUAAACACAGGCGUAGCUGUUGAACACUUAAGAACAUAUAAUUUCGUCUUAAAUUCUACCCUGCACUAGGCUAGGCUUAAAUAAAAUAGGUAUUGCACAUCUCAACUUACCUGAACAUUUUUUUAUCGUCUUAUAUCAGUAAUUCAUGUCAAAAAAACUGAAACCAAUAUUAAACAAAAUCCGUUUUACAUCGGUUACAAACUACAACUAAUAAGAACUCGUUUCACAGUUAACGCUUUCUUGACAGAAAUAAAUCACUAGGCAAGAACUCACAAGUGUUCUGAUUAGCUAGACUUCAGUAUUCUUCGUGCGGGGUUACUGCAAAAUCAGCUACAGAUUUUUUUCCAUUUGAAUGUCUGAAUCACUAACUGCUAGAGUCCAUAUCAUUGCGAGGAUUCGUUGGUUUGCAAAGUAGAUAUGAAGCACAUACACAUCUGCUUCACGUUGGUGAGUGUUCUAUAGUGCUCAGUUUAACUUAAUUAUAUUUUUAAGCAUUGCACUAUACAGGUGUCCAUAAAAGUUUCAUUUAGGCUAUUUACAACACAUCAUACAUAACAUUGAAGGUAAACUAACGUAGUUGUUGUUACAAAUGUUCAAUAUGUGCACCUUUAGUUAUACGUAGAGACCGGAAACAUUCGCGGAUUCAUUUCGCGACAGGCUGAAAUUCAAAUUUGUGUACAAUUCUGCUGGUUCUGCUAUUGGAUCGCGGUUUAACUGGAGCUCUCUGGGCCAAUGAGAGACUAUCGACCAAAGAAGCGUCGAAUCACAAGCUACCCAGUGGAGACGACUCACAAUUUAGUAACCAAUGAACACGCGUGUUUACUUGAGAAGUGCCGAGGAUAAUGGAGGCUAUCCUAUAGGUCAUUGAAUCCGCAAAUUUUUCCGGUCCCUAGUUAUACGGCACACAUCCAACCAAAAUUCCAAUUCUUCCCACACUUCGGUUGACAAGCCCGGAGUAAUGGAAGCAAUAAUAGCCUCUUCUAUUCUGUGUCUCAACUCUGGAAAAUCAUCAGGCAGCGGCGGAACGUAGACAUUGUCUUUUAUGAAGCCACAAAGGAAAAAAAAAAUCGCGUGGCCUUAAUGUCAGGUGCGACCGCGGAGGCCAACGGAAAAGAUCUCUGUCGUCUCGACCAUUACGACCUAUCCAACGGUCAGCAACUUCGACAUUCAGCCACUCUCCUACAAAGAGAUUCCAAUGGGGAGGGGCUCCAUCAUGUUACCAAAUAAAGUUUUCAUGUUCACCCUCUACAAAUUGAAGAAAGAGCCAUUCUUUCAACAUAGAUGCCGCCGCUUGUGAAAAAAAAAAAAAAAAGCAGUAGACUACUCGCGCAUUCGCUUAUCUAAAACUGUUUGAGUUACUCUUUAUUGUGUCCUUGAACCGAAACUCUAAAAUCGUACAGUUAAUACUAUUAAAAAUUUAUAACUGGGACAUCGUUUUGUGGACAUACUGUUUUAUACUUGUAAUCGCCGCUAAGAAAAAAAAAAUUAACGGUGCCUGGUAAUCAGUUUCUUAUGUUACAGGCGGGGGGCUUUCAAAAGUCGCCGUUGAUCUUGAAGCAAUUUUAGUUUAAGUUCUUUAGCAGCAAUAAUUCUCCAGAGGAGUCGUCUGCAAUCUGCGAGCGCAUGCCGUAUCUUUCAUGAUGGAAGUGCAAGAGAACUAAACAGAUGGUAUCUUGUUAGAAACAGCAUGAGACGUGUUAUCAAGUUUUCCCUCGACUUCCCCUUCCGUAAUUUACUAUGCGUUGCUGCGUUUGUGUUGUGAGUGUGUUGUGUAUAAGCAACUCGUAAAAAACACUGAGAGUUGAUUUGUAAAGACUACGUAAAAAAAUACAAGAUUUUGUUUUUAAAAAAUUCCUUAUAAAACGAUUGCAUAUGCGUGAUGAAUUCCUGUUCACUUACUUCUAAAGUUGUGUGAUUGAAAAUGUUGUAUUGAAGACAGUAAUUUAUACCAAAAAAAUAAUAUCAGAUGAAAAUAUUUCCUUUCAAAAUCCAUAAAGCACAUUUAUUCAUGAUUUCAUGCUUCCUGUAGUUCUAAAAUAUGUCGUUCAAUUAUCUGUAACAAGUAAAAAUUUUCUAGACGAAAGUUGCGAACUAAAACACGAAAGGAAGUCAAACUUUAACAAAGAAUAUUCUUAUUCCGUGAGAUGUAAAAUAUGAUAGUUAAAACAAAAUUUAAAUUAAAUGAUACCGAAAGGUAUAUGCAUUCCAACAAGCAGGGAUCUAUGUAAAAAAAAAAAAAAAGUGAAAAUUUGAUCUCCCAUUUCAAAUAACUCCAAUACAAUUACCAUAUUAUGUAUUUGUCGAUGACAGACUGGAAAAAUUACUUUAGCUUAGGAUUUUAUGAACUGUAUGCUUUCAUUAUUAUCCACGUCUAUUUUAAGUCUUUAUCACGUACUUCAAUGUAUCACGUACUUCAAUGUGAUUGUGUAAAUGUUAAUGUGUAAAUAUGUAAAUUUUGACACAUUACAGAACAACCAUAAAUGAA